GGAACAAAUAAAACCCAUCAAAAACUACAACCAAAAUGGAUAUUGCUAAUAACAACAAAGCAAUAAUGCUAAAAGUUAUGGACCAACUCGUUCAAGGCCACGAGUUGGCCACUAAGCUUCAGCAACUCCUCUCUCAACACGGGUCAGGUCUUGGUUCAGCGGAGGAUCUCGUGGCUAAAAUCUUGGGGUCUUAUAGUGACACAAUCUCUACUCUUGAUUCGCUUGAGCCCAUAUCCUCCUCCUUUCUCAUCACCACCGUUGAAGGCUCUCAAAAUGCUUCCUGCAACAAUGAAGGCAAGCUUGAGGAUUCCGUUGAUAGUCAGAAAAGAUUGGGACCCGUUAAGGGUAAAAGAGGAUGCUACAAAAGAAAAAAGAAAGCUGAUACGUGGACUGUAGAGUCAACUCUACUUGAGGACGCAUUUUCUUGGAGGAAAUAUGGAAAAAAGGAGAUUCUUAAUGCCAAAUUCCCAAGAAGUUACUUUAGGUGCACACACAAAUACACUCAAGGGUGCAAGGCAACAAAGCAAGUGCAGAAGCUAGAGCUCGAAUCUAGGAUGUUCAGCAUCACAUACAUCGGAAACCACACGUGCAACACCAACGAAAUAACAGCCAAUAUUAAGCCUUGUCUUCAACAUGAUGAGAUCAUCAUGGAUUCUGAAGAGUCCAAGUGUCCUAGUUUGAGGACCUCGAUGAAUGAAGAGGUCCAUGAAGAGGAAAAUAAUCAUCAUCAUGGUUCUUCCACAGAGAGUGACUUGCAAUUGGUGUGGCAAGAAAUAAUAGGGUUUGACGAGGAACAUCAUCAUCAUCAUGAGGCUAUUUAUGAUUGUGGUGAGACCAAUGCAUCUAUUAAUGGUUUGGAUUCCACGGAUCUUUGGAGUUGGCAACGAUUUCCGGAUCAGCAACAAUGAGCAGCUCUCUUCGAACCAUGUUCAAAUCUAGCUUAAUUUUACAUUACUAUAGUCUGAAGUUCUGAACAAUGGAACAUCAAUAUUUUCAUUAUAUAGCUCUUUUCUUGUUAUUGUCAUUUUUAAAUUAAUUUAUCCUACUCCUAAUCCUUUUCUCGGAGUACAGAGCAUUUAC